CGGUAAUGAUCUCAGCAGAUGUUUAUUGCGUUUAUCUCUUCUAUUGUUGUUCCUUUGUCUGCUGUUUUAUAACGGCGUUGCUGCUGAAAUAGUUAUUUUUGUCACUUGACAAGCAGAUAGCAUCUCAGACUCAUUGAGACUAGAAGAAGGCAAGCUUCGGAGUUUUGAAGAAGAGUCGAGUCACUGGUCCAAUUUGCUUCUUAGAGUCCAUCAGGAGACAAGCCAACAGUGAAAAUGGGGGCAUCUGCAAGCAGCAAUCCUUUAUUCGAGAAUACAUAUGGCCGUGCUGUUGCUAUAGAAAUUAGCAAUUACAGUUUGAAAUAUGACUUAUGUAAUCCAAGUUACUUUACCACCAGUGGGUAUUGCUGUAACCCUCCUCCUCCCACAAUAAACAGAGAAGAUGGCAAAGGUGUAUGUGUAUUCACAAAGACAGACGGCAUUCCCUGUGGGUGUGUUGGCGUCUUGACUUAUCAGGCUGGUGACUGCAGUUUCGCAAUAAUGUUCUCAAAUCCAUUCAGUCACGUCAUAUUCGGCAUCUGCUAUGGAUUGGAGAUAUUCAACAGACAUCGGAAAGCAGAUGAAAGCUUGUUUAAAGAAAUGUGCCAUAGCACUGCAUAUAGUGAGAAAAGAAAUGAAGUUGGUUAUUCUAGCAACCAUUUGGAAUUUUCUUAUUGUGGUAUUCAGGUCAAAGCAACAAUGUCUUACUCAUAUAAGUGUAUAAUGAAGGUAGAAAUCCGUGAUGUGUCUGAGUAAAAAUGCAUCAACUUUGUCAUUUCAUUUUUUUUCAUUAUCUGUGUUUUGUUUUCUUGCUUUGUUUAUUUUGGGGGGUUCAGUAAAAAGGAGCUUUUAAAAGGAAUAGGGAGAGUAGGGUAGUAGGGGAGUAUGAGGUGAAUCAGAGUCCAGGCACUUGGAGCUCUACCCCCAUCUGUCCCCCCAACUUUAUGUAGAGAAGAAAAAGAAACUCUUCAAACUUGAAGAGCAAAAAAGAUAAACAAAUGUUUUUCCCCAUCUCUUCUGUCUUUAUAAACAAGCAGCUGCUACAGUUUUUGCCUGCUACACAUGCAGUACUAAUGCUUCAGAGCAAAUGCAAUACUGGCCUUCAGAUACUAGUAAUGCACUGAAGACCGUUCAGCUUCCACCGAUUGCAACCUCUAACACCUGUCUGCUAGCAACGCUUCUGAGUGAAUAUUGUGAAUGGUAUAUCAGACGCUACCUAGUUCACAUAGUGACAGGGCAGGGCGGGGCAGGAAAGGAGAAACUAAAAAAGGAAUGGGUGAGGAUAUGGUCAUUUUAUUAGAUAGUAUGAAGUUCAGUUUCGAUUCUACAUAUUUUUGACUUAAGGUAACUUGGAUGUGGAUUUCUUUUAAGGGAUUAUUGAUAGGAGAUUGGAGUUUGUUGUUUCUAUAAGAUGAUUGUGUUCUGCAGUACAGUGGAUGAUAAUUCUACAGAUUUCUUUUGUAUUAUGCAUGCAUGUAAAUGCUAAUAAAAAGUCUGUUAAAAAUCA